GACCAGCUGGUAGUGGACAGUCUCGACCCUGUGUGGGAGGUACGGCAUGGUGCCGUACUCGGGCUCCGGGAGCUGUUGCGUGGCCACGCGGCAUGCGCCGCAGUGGAGGCCCCGCUGGACGGAGUGGCUGCUGCCCGGGCCAGCAACCGGCGCUGGCUGGAGGACUGCAUCGUGCACCUCCUGUGUGUGCUUGCACUGGACAGGUUUGGGGACUAUGGCUCCGACCAGGUGACGGCGCCCGUUCGUGAGACUGCGGCUCAGGCUCUCGGUACGGCACUGACGGCUCUGGACCCCGGCUCGGUGCGGGCGGUGGCGGCCAUGUUACGGGAUCUGCAGGGGCAGAACGACUGGCGGGUCAGAUACGGUGGCUUUUGCGGCCUCAAGUACAUGUUGGCGGCCCGACUGGACCUGGCUCGCGACCUGCUGCCGGCAGCCCUGCCGCUGCUGCGCCGGGGCUUGGCCGACCCGGAUGACGACGUGCGGGCGGCAUGUGCGGAUGCACUAGUGCCCGUGGCGGGGGCGCUGGGAGUGCUCAGGGCUCAGCUGUGGGACCUGCUGCCGCAGCUAUCCGACCUAUCCGCCGCCACCAACAGCGUCAUGUCGCUGCUCGCCCACCUGUACGGCAGCGGCCCCGGGGCCGGCGCUGCUGCCAGUGAGGAGCUGAUGGCGCUGGUGCCGCGCCUCUUUCCUUUCAUCCGCCACACGCUCAGCACCGUCAGGGCGUCAGUGAUGCAAUGCCUGGAGCGAAUGCUUGCACCGCCACCGCCGGCUGCGGGUGGGGGCCCCGAAUCCGCCUUGGCAGUGGCCGCCGCGGCGGCAGCUCCGCUACCUCCGCCGCCUUGGCUUCAGCCGCUGGUGCCGGCACUGUUCCAGCUGGUGUUUCAGAACGUAAUGGUUGAGGGCGAGCAGCGAGUGUUGGAUGCGUCGGUGCGGGUUUGGCGGCUGCUGGUGCGCUGUGCGGCCCCCGCCACGCUGUGCGAGGCGCUGGCUCCGGAGCAACUGCGGGCGCUUAUGGCGCUGGGGUCCACGCAGGUGCGGCGGCGGUGCCGGACGGGCAGGAGGGUGGGCCUCGGGUUGAAGCACGGGCGGCAUGUGGUGUCGUCUGGUGACAGAGAUGAGGUAUCGUCGCUGAAGAGGAGGAGGAGGACUUGUUGA